GGCAAAGGAGAGCCUAGCGCCAUGACGGAAGGGCAGGCAGUCCCGGGAGCCGGGGACUGGGAGAUCGACGUGGAGAGCCUAGAGCUGGAGGAGGAUGGCUGUGGGGCUCCUCUGAGGGCCGCAGCUCAGGGAGCAAGUCCUUUAGCGGCUGAUGGGGACGUCGAGGAGGAGGAGGACGAAGACGAGGAGGAUGAAGACGCAGAGGACGAGGGUGAUGGCGAGGAGCCGGGAGCGUCCCCGGAGGUGUCAGGCCGGCCAGAGCAGCCAGGAGGGCUGGCACCCAGGCCACCGCCUGCGGCUCAGGCGCUGCCAGCCGCGGCUGCAGCUCCUGACCGCGGUGCCACUGCGGGUGGUGGCUCAGAGCCGCGCAAACUGAGCCGCACGCCCAAGUGUGCGCGCUGCCGUAACCACGGCGUGGUGUCCUGUCUCAAGGGCCACAAGCGCUUCUGUCGCUGGCGGGACUGCCAGUGCGCUAACUGCCUGCUCGUGGUGGAGCGCCAGCGUGUCAUGGCCGCCCAGGUGGCGCUCCGGAGGCAGCAGGCCACCGAGGACAAGAAGGGACUUUCCGGGAAACAGAAUAAUUUCGAGCGGAAAGCAGUGUACCAGAGGCAAGUCAGGGCGCCAAGUUUGCUGGCCAAAAGUAUUUUAGAAGGCUAUCGCCCAAUAACAGCAGAGACUUACCUGGGAGGGACCCUUCCUCUACCUCCACCUGUUAGUGACAGGAUGAGGAAGAGAAGAGCCUUUGCUGACAAAGAGUUGGAGAACAUUAUGCUGGAGAGAGAAUAUAAAGAGAGGGAGAUGUUGGAAACUUCUCAAGCUGCCGCCUUGUUCCUGCCCAACCGUAUGGUGCCUGGACCUGAAUACAAUUCCUACAAAAGUGCCUACAGCCCCACUGCAGGGGAGCUGCCCAGCAAGGACUUUUGUAAUUUGUUACCAGCCUGCCUGGAUCUCACCAUGCAGUAUUCAGGAUCGGGGAAUAUGGAACUGAUUUCUUCUAAUGUCAGUGUGGCCACAACUUACAGACAAUAUCCUCUGUCCUCACGAUUUUUAGUUUGGCCCAAAUGUGGUCCCAUUACUGACACCCUUCUCUACCAGCAAUACCUUUUAAAUGCUACCACUUCUGUUCAAGCCCUGAAGCCUGGGGCCAGCUGGGACUUGAAAGGAACCCGAGUUCAGGAUGGCCUUAGUGCAGAACACGACAUGAUGCCACCCAAACCGGAAGGCUCCCUGUUACUGCCUCAUCUCCCUGAGGUCCCAACCUCAAGAACUGGCCUUCAGGCUCAUCAGGUUGUCCCUGAGAGGUCGGCCUUCUCCCCACCCAGGCGGAAUUUCUCUCCCAUUGAUAUGGACUGCCUGGCCCCUCAAGGGCACAUCUUAACCAAGAUCAGCAAAGAAAACACCAGGCACCCUCUGCCACUUAAACAUAAUCCAUUCCACUCAGUAUUCCAGCAGACAUUCAGCGACAAAUCAGGCCUUGAGUUGAAAACACCAUUUGUCAAAGAAGCCUUUGAAGAGACCCCAAAGAAACACAGAGAGUGUUUGGUCAAGGAGAACCAGAAGUACACAUUUACCAUAGACAGAUGCGCAAAAGACCUCUUCGUAAGCAAACAAGUUGGAACGAAACUCUCGGCGAAUGAGCCUCUGUCAUUUUCUGUUGAAUCUAUUCUUAAGAGGCCUUCGUCUGCCAUCACUCACGUCUCUCAGUGAAAGCCUGCUUACAUGAAAAGCUGGGUUUCCUUCAGUCUCAGAGGGCUCUUUGUAGAUGCCUUUUCUGUUUUUAAAGUUAAGAUGUUUGUAUAAAGAAAUUUCUAAUGUAAAUGGUGGUUCUUAAAAUCCUAUGUAUUUCCUCUGCAUGUAUCUUUUCUUAUCAUAUGAGUAUAUUUAAAGACGGAAACUGCUUAUUAUGCAACCUGUAAGGUUAUAUGCUUUACACAGCACUCCAAAAAGCAAUAAAAAUAACAUCGUCUUCUGAAGACCCAGGAUUUGUUGAAGCAAACAGCUGUCUCUGUCU